AUGUAUACCAGAGGGAAAAUAAUUGACAUUAAUGUCCCUACAUUUGAAGCCUUAAGCCAAGUUGGUACAGCCAAGGUCACAAUUAAGAACAUUGGCAAACUGGAAGCGUCAUAUAGCUUGACGUUCGACUGCUUAAGUGGCAUCAGUUAUGUGGAGGAGCAAUUCUUCAUCAUCAAACCUGGCCAAGUGCUUAUCCGCUCAUUUUAUUUGCGUUCCUCAUCAGACCAAGCAUCAAAAUAUCGCUGCUCGGCUAUUUUGAAAGCGUCAGAUUUCAGUGAACUUGACAGAGCAGAGUGUCAGUUCUCUACUACAGCCACAGUUCUUGACAAUGGAACACAGAUCAGCCCACCGAAGCAGCAUAAGAAGGGUGGCAUCAGGGGUUUCAUCGAAGCCAUCAAAACCUUGUGGCGCAACACGUGGGACAGCGUGAUCGAUUUCUUCACCGGCAGAUCAUGCAGCACCAAGUGCUCGAGCUUCCUGGACCUGAGCUGCCACAUCCAGUACAUAUGCAUCGGCUGGCUCGUCAUGUUCGGCCUGCUGCUCACCACGCUACCCGCAGUUGCGGUGCUGCUGUGGCUGCUCCACCAGAAGGGCAUGUUCGACCCGCUGUACGACUGCUGGGAGGACGUGUUCGGGCUGCCGGAGGCCGCGCACCCGAAGCACCGGGAAGGUCGAGGCCAUCACGCGCACGCCCACACCCACCACCACCACCACCACCACAGCAAGCACCCGCACGCGCACAAGAAGCGUAGCAGCGGGGCGGUCGGGCAGCAGCAGCACCACAAUCACCACCAUGUCCUCCACAGGCACGGUGGCAAGCCCGACGACGGCGAGCGGCACCGGCAUGCAGCAGCGCUCGGCGUGCAGCACAGGGACGCCGGGCACAAGCACCACCGUCACGGCAAGGCGCCGCAGAGGGAGAGGGCACAAGACCGCGACCAUGAGCGCCGCCACCACCACUCUCGUGCGGCGUAG